AUGGUCGCCAUCAAAUCCAUCCUUGUCGCUCUUGUCGGUGUUGCCGGCGCACUCGCCACUCCUAUUGCAGAGGCUGAGCCGGCCAACGUCGAGGUCGAGGCUCGUGCCCCUGAACCCAAUAACGAGCUUGUCACGCGCUCAACGCCCAGUUCGACUGGCUACAACAAUGGAUACUACUAUUCCUUCUGGACGGAUGGUGCCGGAAACGUCAACUACUCUAAUGGCUCUGGUGGAUCCUACAGCGUAACCUGGUCUGGAAACGGUAACUGGGUCGGUGGAAAGGGAUGGAACCCAGGAUCCGCGAGGACCAUCAAGUAUACCGCCAACUAUCGUCCAAACGGAAACAGCUACCUCUCGGUUUACGGCUGGACGACGAACCCACUCGUCGAGUACUACAUUGUCGAAAACUAUGGUACCUACAACCCUUCCUCGGGUGCCUCGAGCAGGGGUUCCGUCUACUCUGACGGUAGCAACUACAACAUCCUGUCGACCACGCGUGUCAACCAGCCCUCUAUCCAGGGCACCAAGACGUUCACUCAGUUCUGGAGUGUGCGUCAGAGCAAGCGCUCGAGCGGCUCUGUUACGACUUCGAACCACUUCAAUGCCUGGAAGAAGUAUAACAUGAAUCUUGGUCAGCACAACUACCAGAUUCUUGCCACCGAGGGUUACUACAGCAGUGGAAGCGCACAGGUCACUGUUAGUUAA